AUGGGAAUUUGUAUUGGUAAAAUAAAAUUGGGUAAACCUCUUCCUGAACCAGAGCCUGUGCCUGAAGAAAUAAUAUCAAAACUUAGUAACUCGUCGGAAAAUUCCGACAAAUUUCGGUUCGCUAAUGGUAAAAGGUAUCAUAAUGUAAAAAAUGCUGUAUAUUUUGUACCUAACGAUAGCGAAGAAUGCGAUAGGCUACAUUUACAGCAUGCUAUGGAAAGAUAUAUUUGGCAAGGUAAUUUUUUCUCCCCAGUUGAAAAUCUCCUUAAUCAGGAAGGAACAAUGGUUCUUGAUUCGGGAACAGGCGCUGGUUCUUGGAUACUCGAAAUGGCAGUUGAUUAUCCGAAAUCUAAGUUUAUCGGAAUUGAUAUUUCUCCAGUUCAACCUGAAGAAAAUAUUCCUCCUAAUGCUAAAUUUACUCAGGCAAACUUAUUAGAACGCUUGCCUUUUGAUGAUAAUACUUUCGAUUUUAUAUUUCAGAGAUUCUUAUGCCUCGGAAUUCCCGCAGAUAAAUGGCAAUCAGUAGUUAAUGAGCUAGUUCGCGUAUUAAAGCCUGGUGGUUACCUAGAGUUAGCAGAAAAUGAUAUUCAUUAUGACGUUAUGGGUCCUGCAUCAAAAAUACUUAUUGAUGGCCUUUCACUUCUACUUCAUGAACGUGGAUUAAAUGCAACUGUAUGUUAUAAAAUACAAAGUUAUUUGGAAGAAAAUAACCAACUUUAUAAUAUUCAUUGUGAACAAAAGAAAGACUUGAAUGGUCUAGAUACUAACAGAGUGUUUAAAUUGCUUGCUGAAGAUUACACCUCUGGUCUCGUAAAUAUUAAACCUACACUAAUAAAUACAAUUAAUGCUUCUAGUGAUGAAUAUGACCGUUUAGUUAAGGUAAUGGAAAAGGAGACAAUAGAUUUAGAAUCUUUUAAUCCGCACAUACGUGUUUAUGCUCAAAAAAGAAAAAAAAAAUCUAGUUAA